UUGGCGUUCGGUGUGCGGUUUCGUGUGGCGAUUGCGUUGCGUCGUUAUUGUAUUGUACUUUCAGUUACAGUUUUCUCAUGGGUCGCACUUCAUUCACUCAGUCUUGCCACGGACGGCGAACGACGCGCGAAUCAUAACGCUUUAUGAACGGUCGGCGCUGGAGAGUGUUUAUUUUAACUUUAGUUUAAAUAAAAUUUAUUAUUUAAAGGAAUUUAAUUUUUUGCAAUUUAAUUUCGAAUUAGAAAAAUAUUGGUUUGCUUUAAAAAAACAACAAUUGCCACAAUUAAUCAUUGCAUUGCAUUAUUGAUGAGUGUUAAAUGUUAAAAAGUGAACGUGAAAGUGUUUGUAUGUAUACAUACAUACAUAUGAGUUCAGCUAGGCAAUAACAAAGCGACCAACGAGCGGGAGGUCACAACGCGUGUACUUGUGUGUCUCGUUGACGUUGACAAAACUGGUUGAUCCAUCGCUGUCGCGACGGUACCGAUGAUCGCAUGCGCGCAUAAUUGUCAACAGCAUCAAUCAGUAGUCGGCCAAUGAAAUCAGUGCUUCUGUCAAUGCGAUCUUCACUUUCAUCUUUGAUAUGUAUUUGCGAAAAUGUUAUUACAAAAAUGGCUUUGCUUGUUGUUGUGAAAUGUGAAAAAGACAAUACCAUAAAAUGAAAUGAUAUUAAUAUAAAAAAAAAACUAAUUGAAGUUUUGAAGUGUUGAAUGAAGUUCGUAGAGAUCUGUAUCAGUGAUCCACCUGCCGUGGCACUACUUACCUACAUUUGUGCAAAACUACAUGCCAAUUAACCAAACGAAUAACAACAAAAAUGCAAACAAACCGGUGGCAGAAACUGUCACUUUCGAUGCGCUUGUGGCAACGAUCAUCUGUUGUUUAAUAACGACAUGUUUGCCCAUACAAAUCUACAAAACAAAAUCAAAAGUAAAAAUCGUUAUGACUACGCAUAAAUACCUGUUUGAAUAAAUAAUGCAAUUGAAAGCGCAAAUUUAACUGCAUAAUUUCAGAAAAAAAUAUUUAUCUACAUAAGCCAAAAUCAGCUGGACCGAUGUCUGAACCGGAAGGCGAGCCGGAAAGCCAUAAGCAAAUUGCUUAACAUGCCAGUUAUUUGCGAUUUACUUGUAUGCAAAAGCAUACAUAAAUAUACGAGUAUACAUAUAUAAACAUAAAAUUGUUCAUUUUAUUGAAUUUUGAUUAGUUUUCUUUGUUGCAAUAAAAUUUUCCAAUAAUAUUGUGUUAGUGGAGCUUCCAAUGAUUGAGUCUUAAGCCGAAGUUGUGUUCCCUUUUCACUGUAAUUUCCAUUAAUAAAUACUAUGCAAUUGUAUAUGUACACAUACAUAUGUAUAUUUGUGCAUUUAUGAGAAAUUCUAGAAUUGCAGUGAUUUUUAUAUAAUUAAAUUGACGUAAUUGAUAAAGUGAGUGAGCAGCCGAGUUCUUUGGAUUAACAAUAAAUAAAGUAAUCAUCAUGUUUAUUGCACACUGCCAAGUCUCCGGCGCAUUGCCAGCCACUUAUGCAGCGGUUGUCUUCUGCAACCGUUUUAAUGGCUGCCAAAACGAAAUAUGCAACAGCCAAGAACGUGAGCUGAUAGCGAAUCACAUAAACAAAUCUAAAAACUUAUUGCAAAUAGUGUUUAAUAACGAAAAUGAAAGACACAAUGUUGGACGGUGUGAGGGAACCAAAUACAAUGUUAACGACAUUCGAUGCAACAGCGGCGUUGGCUGCAGCCAAGCCUGCUAUUGAAGAUAAAAAUAAAAGUCCAUAUAUUACAACAAUUACAAACUCGUCGCCUUCAAAAGCAAAGACACUUUUUAGUUGGUUUCGAGGAGGUAACACAAAGUCAGAUAGUAAACCUGACAACAACACAGCCACUUUGCCAAGUGAGCAAAAUCAAAUAGAUAGUGGAAAUAGUAGAGUUGAGAGGAAGGAAGUGCACUUAGGUAAUCGCGACAAAUCGUCUUCAACAGAAACACAGCCACCUGCCACUGAGCGAGACGUCACAUUACGCGAUUUUCCUGGUGUUCAGAGUUUGAGACACUUGUGGAAUAAACGCAUCAGCGCCAGCGAAGACGCCACACGCCGACAGGGCACACUCAAAGACAGCAAGGCGGGUAAAUUAACAAAAUCCAUUGGUUGUUUAGUGCACGCAGCGAACGCGUCGCCAACCGACACACCCUUGAGUGCUGAAGAAGGUAGCCCGCUGCAACAGAAACGCGCGCAUAGUCUACACGAUUGCACGAACGUGGGCGUUUGCACUGAGGCGUCCCCAACUGCAGCUACCUUUGAGUCGGAGUUCGAUUGCUUGCAUCGUGAGAAGGAUAAUUUUUAUAAAUACAAGACGGCGGAACAGGCAGCAAAACAUCUGACGCGGGAGGCGCGCAUGCGUAUCAGAAGUGCGCGUCGCGUCACUGCUGGCAUUGUCAGCAGCCAGACGUGUGACGAUGAUGCACACUUUCCUGCAGUGAAGGCGAGUGACCGCGGCGAGCGUAUACAUUGGCUAAAAAGGCAAGACAUGGUGACGAGACGACGUGACGGCGUAGAAAUGGCUAGUGCCAAGAGUCGUAUUGGCCAUGAAACCGCUAUAGCGCUAUCAGCUGACGCAAUUGUUAUCAACGAAAAUGCAAACAACGCCACUAAAGCAAAAACAACAACCAUCAUGCCAACAACACCGACGUCGUCUGCCCCCCAAUAUACUCACCUCAGUGAUUAUUCCGAUAAUGAAACGCUCACAGCUAGCAGCUCACCGCGCUAUUCGGUCAGUCGUAAGCGAAACGCGAGUGAAGCAACAAAUACGUCGGUGACGAAACGCAGUAGCAGUGAUUCAAAUAAAUCGAAUUCAUUAUCAACAUCUAGUUCGAUAAGAAGUGGCGCGCUUACGGGCGGGCGCAGCGCGCGACGUACCGCCUCCGGAGCGUCGGGCUCAGCAUCCGCACGCAAAUACAGUUUCAAAACACACGCGCGCACAUAUCACGCGCCACGCAAAAUGAGUCAGCGCGAUUCUACCACUGCUGGUAGUGGUAGUGGCGUCGGUGGAAGCGGUAUUGUCAGUGCCUCCACCCUUGCGCCAGGAGGUGGCAAUAUAGUUGCCAAGCUAACUCAGCAAUUUAACGAAAUGAUACAGAAAGAUAAGAAGCUGCUGGAAGAGGUGAAACGCAAUAACGGUGUGUUGAUGUCGCGCGGCGGACACGUUUACAAAGUGCUACAAAACCCCGACGCUGCAGGUGAGGCGGAUAAGCGGUCGGCAGCGAGCCUUAGCCGGUACGGUACGCGCGGCUCGACGGUGCAACGAAAUAUUAUGAAGUUCGAAUGUGGCGCCGAUGCCGCUAAGCCUGCUGUGCCAGCAAAAAGUGCGCAAGUCCUGCAAAAGCUACGCGAACUCAACAAAACACAAAAAUAUAGCCUAACUAACGGCGGUACAGUUGGUGGCGUAAGCAAAAAUCUUAAAUUGCACAUCACACCGUCAACGCACCACGACCUGCAGUCGAAGCUUGAUUUAAAGAAGGCGCAAAUGUCACUGCCGCUCUCGCCGCCAUUGGAGGUCGUAACCGAAGAGUCGAAAACACCGCUGGAAGCAUAUGAGAAAUCGAUCGCUAUCAGCGCGCAAGUGGAAGCACCACGAGUGGACGUGCCGAGCGCGCAUAACGAGGAAAGCACGUACGGACAACACACUAACGACAGUAACAGUAACAACGGCAUUGUUGACAACACAAAAACAUUUAAUGAAUUUGAACUGAAAACAACAGAUGAUCUAAAGCGAAGUGCGAACCGUACAACUGCCAUUAAUGAGGGCUUCAAUAGCGGCUCUGUGCCAACGCCGCUCACAACUAACUGUGCCGAUGCGCGAGGCGAUAAGAAAAGUUCUGAGACGCAAAUAAAGAACGAAAAUGGAGUAGCGACUGACGUGAAAAGCAAUGCAAUAAUUUGCAUUGAGUCGUUCCAACUGCCGGCCGAGCCAUUAAAUGUCGAAGUGAUUGAAGCCCCAACGAGGGCCACCACAAAUGCGGAGCGCAGCAUUCCCACGGCUAUGUUGACAUUGGACGUUGCUCAUAACGUUGAGAACUGUAAAAAUGUGACUGCCACAAUUGCGAAAGCAACAACAACAACAACAGUAAAGGCGGAGACAACACAAAGUCCAAUUGGCGAGCGAGCCAGUGACGAUCAGCUCGAUGCCGUUAACGAUGAGAAGGCGAAGCAGCGCAAGCACAAAUAUGCAAAAAUUUAUGAAAAGUUCCGUUUUAGGUCACCAUUCGUUGGAGGUCACAACAAUAAGAAAUUGUCACCGAAGCCACCGACCACGGGAGUUGGGAUGUGUGAUGAAAUGAUAAGGCGGCCAGAGAGUGAGCACGUAGACGCUGCGGCAGCGAAUAUAAAACCAACAAAAACAAAAAGUUCAACGCCUACACCACCAGCAACGCCAAUAUUGAAAAACAUUUCACCAGUUACUGAUGAGAUCAACGAAGUUAACGGUACUUUAGACACCACUCACGCUGCCAUUGCAACACUUGAACCCGCAUCAAAGUUGCUCGACGCGCUGGAAAUAAUCGAUAACAAAUUGAAAGAUCUCGCCGUGGACGACGUUGUAAAUGACAUCAAUACCAAAGCGCUUCUACUCUCGCCAGAUGAUGACUUUGAGCAGCGCGUGCUACCGAACAACUCGUUUAUCUUUCAAGCGAGCACCAAACAAGUGGCCAACAAUAAGCUAAUUGUCGCGCAAGCCGUGAAUAUCUCACUGGUGAAUAGUAUACAGGGCGAACAGCUUAUAAUGGAACAAAAGGAGCUGCAGCGGCAGCAAAUCGACUAUAGCGAACUGAUGCGGCCACCCAGCAUGAAAAUGGAGCAACCAUUUUUGGUGGAAAUCGUAAGUGGUAAGGCAGCAGCGCCUGUAGAGCCAAUGUACGAACCAAUUGCUGCACAGACUGAAAUAACAAAGACUGAAGGCGAUUCAACAACAGAAGCAACAACUGCGCUCCAAAUACCACCAAAGUCUUUUCUCUACAAUAGUUUGGCAAUGAACAGUGAUACAAAGAAGUCGGAAACUAGUAAAGCACUAGAAGGCCUACCCGAAACCACUGAAUCAACAACAGAGCUCUUCGAGGACAUCUAUCAAACUGUGGAUGAGGCCAAGGCGACAGCUGCAGCCGCUUUGGCUGAAGCGACAAAUGCGGCACUUUUAGCUGACUACGAAUCCAUAGCUGGCUCCUGCGAGCACACAACACCCGCCACACUCACUGCCAGCCAGAAUGUGAGCAAACCCUUGUACGAUGGUUAUGAGAUAUGUGAGCCACCGCCCGAUAUACCACCUGCGUUACCAACUGCCACGGUACCAACUGCGGAAGGUACCGGUGUUAAAUUGAUGCAACAGAUCUCAGCAGGUGGCGGUAACGUACGCAACACUAACGAUGAACUGCCAGAAUUACCCAAGCCAAAGCGUCGUCUGCCCAAGUCGCCUAUGCCAGGCAAACGCUCGCCGAAGGCAGCAACAAAGAAUACAGCUGAGCUUCGUGAGCAUAACAAAAUCGCGUCCAAUAGAUCAGACAGCAACAAAAGUGGUAGUAAUAGCACCAUCACUGCCACGGAUUUACAGGAUGAUGAGCAUCAUUAUUAUGCUGACGAUGAGAAUAUCUAUGAUACCAUAAAGGGCUCGCAUUGCUACGAAUCCGUGCAUGCCGCUAGCCAUGUGACGCAUAGGUCCAGCAACGCGGCGUCGAAAUGUGUUAGUGACAGUAUUUCACUCUCUUCCAAUUGCUACGAGAGCAUCUCACAUUAUCGACGCGUUAGUAACGGCACCGUAGUGGUAGGCCACUUGACGGGUAGUAGCAGCGGUUCAACGCUCACUAUUUCAUCCGAUCACAAAACGAAUAGCUUAUACGAAAUGUCGGUGACGACGGCCAGUAUGAUCUACGGCAACGGCAGUCUGGGCUCGUAUGGACAGUCGUCGGGCGCUGAAAAGUCAAGUGCAAGCGUUGCCGGCCGCAUUGGGGCGACCAAGCCAAAUGCUGGUGAUGAGAAUAGCGAUGGUGUUGCUGGCGCGAAGACCUACAGUCAAUCACAUUGUGGUGCGACAAGUGAUAACAGUGAUGAAUGGGUGGAUAUAUCGGAUCCAGAAGCGGAGGGUACAGAGCAAUUUGUGAAACCGCAAUUUAUUGUCGUACGUGAACGCUCCAAAGUGCACCGCAGUCCCGAUUGGUCAAAACGUGUGAGAGAUAAAAGAUUGCAUCAGAAGAAAGCCAUUAGUUGCAUUGAGGAUGACUCCGAUCAUUACUAUGAGACAUUAUCGCCAUUGGGUAAUAAACGACAUUCCACAUUGCCCGAUCAGCGUUCAACUAGCCAUAACAGUGUCGGUCGGGAAUUGCCACACUUUGCGAAAAAUGGUUCGCAACGCACUAAGAUGUAUUCGACCUCGAUGCAUGGUCUGGGCACAUUGGCGACAUCUGACGAUUAUGAUUCCUUCGAUACAGAUACCGAUGAGAUUUACGAGACCGAGGAGCAUAUGAAAAAUCAGAACGACAGCGGCGUGGACAUACGUAAUGUGAAACUUCCCGACCCGCCUGCCUCGACGAAUCAGGUGUAUGCCAUUGUGCGGAAGCUGAAAAAUUUCAUCUCAAAUAAGAAAUCGCCAGGAUCUAAGUACGCUGGCAGUCAACAAAAACUCUAUGAAAACUCGACGCAAUUCUAUGUGAGUGGUAAUAUAUAUGAGAAUACACCAAAGACUAAAGCCAAACCGCAGAAAAAUGUGAAAAAGUCAUCUAUAGCGACGCACGAUCAAGACAUUUACGAGAACACAGAUUUUCACAGUCCACCCGCAAUUCCAGCAGAUGAUAAGCAACUCAAUUCAGCGGAUAAAAAUCCAAAUAGUCCAACGGAGGUAAAACUCGAUACAACCGAAGCCAGCACAACACUACGUGCCAAAUCGAAAGCGAGUAAAAGCUUCAAAUCACGUCUGCGUAAAAGUCUAGUCGGUUCCACAUUUGAUAUGAAACAACUGUCAACACUAUCGCCCACUCGUAGCACAUUUUACAUUGAAGAUCCAACUUAUGGGGGCUCCGGAGAACUGGAUUCUGGUUUCUCUGAGAAAGCUUCUUCAGGUGAUCUACCCACAGCGCCCGCUAUACCAACUCCCGAGGCGCAGAAAUUCUCAACUGUUGCUCGUAAAGCGAAAAAAGAAGCGAAAGCAACGAAUUCGCAACGAAGGCGCACAACAAUUGGUAUACGUCCACAAGAUCCACCACCGCCGCCACCGGUUGCCACUUCAACGACAUCUUGGUAUGCAGAAUGUGGUGUCUUCAAGAACGGCACGAGUGGUAUGUUACAAGAAUCGGAAAUUUCACUCAACGAUAGCAAAGCAAGCCAAAGUGGUUCUUCCGUUUUCAACGGUAACUCGUGGUACACCGAGGCGGGUCUCUACCAGACCAGUGAUGUAUCUGUGGCCAGCUCAAGUGGUAGUUCCGGCGUAUCAACUGGCAAUGAAGGCACGCUAAGCGAUGAUCUGCCACAUAGUAUGUUCCAAAAUGAGCCGCUCUAUCAGAUCUACAGCGCUGCCAAGUUAGAGUCCAUUACACGAGAUAUGGAGGGUCAUGAUAGUUCGACGGAUGGUUACGAGGAGAUCGGUCAGAAUGGCACUACUGGUGAAGCGCGCAUAAAUAGUCAAAAGCAUCAGCGACCCAGCGCCUAUCAGUUAAUUGAACCAAAGAACGGACCAGCGCGUACGCUGUGGAGCGAAAUACCGGAAGUUAUAAACUCCUGUGUUUUAUCCACACUUACACCACGCGAACGCGGUCUGCAAGAGGCGAAAUUCGAAAUCAUCACUUCGGAGGCCAGUUAUCUCAAAUCGCUCAACCUGCUGCGUAGUCAUUUCAUGAAUCAUCCGGUAUUUCGUGAUACCAAUGUGGUGAGUGCGCGCGAUCGCAAAGCACUGUUCGCCUACAUUGUACCGGUGCACGAAUGCUCGGAAAAAUUGCUCACUGAAAUGGAGUCGUGCUGGCAGGAUAACAUAAUGUUAAUCGGUUUGAGUAAGCGUAUCUACACCGUGGCCGAGAAGUGCUUCCACGUCUACAUCUCGUUUUGCGAGCACCAAGGACGCAUGGACCGAACUUUACGCCGUUUGAAGGAGUCACGUGGUAUAUUUGAGCAAAACUUGCAUCUACUCGAGACGAGUCCUACCUGUUGUGGCCUCAAUCUACAUUCUUUUCUCAUGUUACCCAUGCAACGGAUAACACGCCUGCCACUACUAAUCGACGCCGUUUUCAGUAAAGUUAGUCCCAACGAUGACGAAUACGAGAACUGGAAAAUGACGUUGGCCAUAAUGAAUAAGAUUGUAACGCAGUGCAAUGAAGCAGCGAAUCGUUGUGAGCAAGCGUACGAAAUCGAACGUAUAGCACGUCAACUCGAGUUUCCUACAACGAUACGCGCGUUGGCCAUAGCGCCCGUGGGUGUACCUGCUGCCGGUGCAAAACCGCGUUUCCUGGUGAAGCGCGGCGAGUUGACACAUUUCAUUUGGCGCGGUGACGAUGUUAAGCUCACGUUUGGCAAAAAAUUCUCCAAAGUGUCCAUCUACGCCUUUCUCUUCUCCGAUCUGCUCGUGCUGACGAAACGCAAAGGUGAAGAACAAUUUGCCGUCUUCGAUUAUUGUCCGCGCAGCAUGUUAACAAUCACGUCGGGCGAUUUGAGAGACAUUAGUCAGACGCACAAAAAUCUUAUACUAAUGACUUUGCUGGAGAAUCAUGAGCGAAAAACUGUGGAACUAGUCCUUUCUUGCCCAUCAGUUUCCGAACAGGAACGUUGGUUGCAAGCAGUGCGACCGCCCGAACCAGAAACGCCAGGCGAAAAGCUCUACGCUCCUUGGGACUGUCCGCAGGUGAUAACGAAACAUGUAUACGAAGCUACAGAACCAGAUGCGUUGAACUUGGAAGUGGGCGAUGUGGUCAAUGUGACAAGGAAAUUACCAGACGGCUGGUACCAGGGUGAGCGCAUACGGGACGGCGUUGUGGGUUGGUUCCCCGGCAGUUACACGGAAGAGGUCAAUUCAGCGCAUGUGCGCGCCCGUAAUCUCAAGCAACGCCAACGACUGCUCACGUUCACCGCCACAUAUCUCGAGUCGCAAAAGCGCAAGUAGAAAUCGUCAUGUAGAGAUUUGUUGAUUCAUAAUUUGAACCCAAAGCGUUAGUCGACGUAUCGAUUACUUGGAUAAAAAAAAAAAUUUGUAAAGUGUAGUAUUUAUGUACAUGAGCUUGUGCCUUUUAUAAUUUUAAUAGUAAUAAUUGCUAAGUGUUAAUAUAAUUAUGCAAAUAUAUAAAAUAUUAUUUCGAUAUACAAAUAUUACCAAGUAGGAACUAAAUUUAUCGAUAAAAACAUGUCUCUCAAAGAUACAAAAAUAAUUUCUUAUUUAUUUAAAAUGUGAUAAAAAUGCUUAAUUUAUAAGUUAAAAAUAUUGUUGGAUUAAAUUUUGUUUAAUUUUCGUUUAUAUUUAAGGUCAAAUUAUUGCGAAAUGCAUAAAAAUACUAUUUAAUAUCGUCUUUUCGAUUUGACGAAUGGGACUAUAGGUUUAUAGAGCUUGACUUGAUCAAAAAUAAUAUCGAUGUAUAUAUGUACAUGCAUACAUAAGUUACUCUUAAUUAAAUAAAUAAAUAAAUAAA